GUGCUGGCCUGCUGUGGAAUCCCUUUGCUCAGUGCUCUCCUACCCAAUCAGGUGGAAUGUUUCACAGGCACAUGGUUUAUGCAGCUCAAAAUAACUUGGGACCUGUGAGCUGACAAAUGCUCUGGCUCCGGUGGUGACAGGUUGUCCAGCUUCUAACAGCCAUCUUCACCGAAACUAAGGUUAACUCCUCACUCUCUAUGGACGGCUACUCUCUAUUUCCAAGGGCGUGAAGAAUUUUCUUUUUCUCCUGGGCUUUCGUCUAAACGUUCUCCUUGGAUAAUUAUCAUCACAGUGGAGUGCCUGGGUUGGACAUCCUCAUCUGGGUCAACUAAAAAAAGAAAGCAUGCAAGACGACAGCCUAGAAGCUUCUACUUCCAUAUCUCAGCUUCUGAGAGAAAGCUAUUUGGCUGAAACUAGGCAUCGGGGAAACAAUGAGAGGAGUCGAGCAGAGCCUUCCUCCAACCCUUUCCAUUUUGGGGGUGCUUCUGGAGCUGCUGAAGGUGGAGGAGGCCAAGAUGACCUUCCAGAUCUUUCAGCCUUUCUGAGCCAAGAAGAAUUAGAUGAAAGUGUCAAUCUGGCAAGAUUGGCAAUCAAUUAUGACCCUCUGGAGAAAGCAGAUGAAGCUCAAGCUAGAAAACGUUUUUCUUCUGAUCAGACGAAACACUCAUCUAUAUCAAGUUUUGACCCUAAUUUCUGCCAGGAUAACUCUCGAAGCCCUACCAACUCUAAAGAGAGCCUCCAGGAGACAAAAAGGCCACAGUACACUUCUGAAGCCCAGUCCAAAAAAGUAUUCUUAAAUAAGGCUGCCGAUUUCAUUGAAGAGCUCUCAUCCCUUUUCAAAGCCCAUAGCUCCAAAAGGAUUAGACCUCGUGCCUGCAAAAACCACAAGAGUAAACUGGAAUCGCAAAACCAAGUUAUUCAGGAAAACAGCUCCAGUUUCCCAGAUCUAUCAGAAAGAAGAGAAAGAUCUUCGGUUCCCAUACCUAUCCCUGCAGAUACCAGGGAUAAUGAAGUGAACCAUGCGCUGGAACAGCAGGAAGCUAAGAGGCGUGAAGCUGAGCAGGCUGCCGGUGAGGCAGCCAGUGGAGACACCACCCCAGGGUCCUCUCCUUCUUCUUUGUACUAUGAAGAACCUCUGGGGCAACCUCCCCGGUUCACACAAAAGUUACGGAGCAGAGAAGUUCCAGAAGGAACCAGAGUACAGUUGGAUUGCAUAGUGGUAGGAAUUCCACCACCUCAAGUAAGGUGGUACUGUGAAGGCAAGGAGCUUGAAAAUUCCCCAGACAUUCACAUCAUCCAGGCAGGAAAUCUGCAUUCACUGACCAUUGCUGAAGCCUUUGAAGAGGACACUGGACGUUAUUCCUGCUUUGCUUCUAACAUCUAUGGGACAGAUUCAACUUCUGCUGAGAUUUACAUAGAAGGGGUUUCUUCUUCAGAUUCAGAAGGGGACCCUAACAAGGACGAAAUGAAUCGAAUCCAGAAGCCAAAUGAGGUGUCAUCGCCUCCCACUACUUCUGCAGCCAUUCCUUCAGCAGUACCCCAAACCCAGCGUGCGGUGGCCCAGCCCAGGGUGUCAACCAUCCAGCAGUGUCAGAGCCCUACAAACUAUCUGCAAGGAUUGGAUGGAAAACCUAUCAUUGCAGCUCCUGUGUUUACAAAGAUGUUACAAAAUUUAUCAGCCUCUGAGGGUCAGCUAGUUGUCUUUGAAUGCAGAGUAAAAGGAGCCCCAUCUCCUAAAGUUGAGUGGUAUAGAGAAGGGACCUUGAUAGAAGAUUCUCCAGAUUUUAGAAUUUUACAGAAAAAACCUCGAUCCAUGGCAGAGCCAGAGGAGAUCUGUACUUUGGUCAUUGCUGAGGUAUUUGCAGAAGACUCUGGGUGCUUCACAUGUACUGCAAGCAAUAAGUAUGGCACAGUGUCGAGCAUUGCACAGCUAGAUGUGAGAGGAAAUGAAGAUCUCAGAAACAAUGGGUCUCUUCACUCAGCCAACUCCACCACCAACCUGGCUCUUAUUGAGCAACAGACAUCCCCACCCAACCCAGAGCCUCCUGUGGAACAACCCCCUAAACCCAAACUGGAAGGGGUCCUGGUGAACCACAAUGAGCCCCGGUCCAGCUCAAGGAUCGGGCUCCGUGUGCACUUCAACCUGCCUGAAGAUGACAAAGGAAGCGAAGAAUCCUCCGAGGGUAGCAUGGUAACCGCCCACCAGACCAGGCCAGAUCCCUUCCAGGAGAGAUUCAAUGGACAGUCAGCAAAAAUCUCUGAGCCUUCCUCACCCGUCAAAGAGCCCCCUCCAGUUCUGGCCAAGCCCAAACUCGACUCCAGUCAGCUACAACAGCUUCACAACCAAGUUUUACUGGAACAGCAUCAGUUGCAAAACCCAUCUCCUUUAUCUCCUAAGGAGUUUCCUUUCAACAUGAGUGUUUUGAACUCCACUACUCUUCCAGCAGUGACAGUGUCCAGCAAGCAUGCGAAGGCCCCGCCAUCACAGACAUUCAGCUUGGCCCGGCCAAAGCACUUCUUCCCCUCUACAAGUACCACCGCGGCCUCCGUGUCCCCUUCCAGCUCUCCAGUGUUCACACUGAGCAGCACUUCUCAAGCCAUGCAGAGGACAGUGAGCAAAGAAAGCCUCUUAGUUACUCACCCCUCUGCUCAAACCAAAUCUCUAGGAGGGGCCUCCAUCCAAAACGAGCCACUCCCUACUCCAGGUCCAACAGAGCCAGUGCAACUGCCACUCACCUUUUCCAUCUCCAGCGGAAACCAGUUUCAGCCCCGCUGUGUGUCCCCAGCUCCUGUCUCUCCCACCAGCCGGAUUCAGAACCCAGUGGCUUUCCUCAGCUCCGUUCUGCCUUCUCUCCCUGCCAUCCCACCCACCAAUGCCAUGGGGCUGCCUAAAAGCGCACCAUCCAUGCCAUCCCAGGGACUAAUGAAGAAAAAUACAAAGUCUUCCCACCCAGUGAGUGAUGAUUACAUCCGUGAAACUAAGAAUGCGGUGAUUCUAGACUUGGGAAAAAAGAUGAAUUUCAGUGAUGUCAGAUCAAACCAGCAGGAGUACAAAAUUUCAAGCUUUGAGCAGAGGCUGAUGAAUGAAAUAGAGUUUCGCUUGGAACGCACCCCUGUUGAUGAAUCAGACGAUGAAAUCCAACAUGAUGAGAUCCCCACGGGCAAGUGUAUAGCUCCCAUCUUUGACAAAAGACUCAAGCACUUCCGGGUCACCGAAGGCUCUCCAGUGACAUUCACCUGCAAAAUUGUUGGGAUACCUGUCCCAAAGGUUUACUGGUUCAAAGACGGGAAGCAGAUUUCAAAGAGAAAUGAGCACUUCAAAAUGAAGCGGGAAGGAGACGGGACAUGUUCUCUGCACGUUGACUCCACCACCAGUGACGACGACGGCAACUAUACCAUCAUGGCAGCCAACCCCCAGGGGAGAAUCAGUUGUUCUGGCCACUUGAUGGUACAAGGUUUGCCCAUCCGAAGUCGACUAACAGCUGGUCAGUCUCACAGAGGAAGGUCCCGAGUGCAAGAAAAAGACAAAGAACCCCUACAGGAACGCUUUUUCAGACCUCAUUUCCUGCAGGCUCCUGGGGAUAUGGUGGCUCACGAGGGGCGCCUCUGUCGCCUGGACUGUAAGGUGAGUGGCUUACCGCCCCCGGAGCUGACGUGGCUGCUCAAUGGCCAGCCUGUCCUCCCCGACACCUCCCACAAGAUGCUGGUCAGGGAGACCGGAGUCCACUCUCUGCUCAUUGACCCGCUCACUCAACGCGACGCGGGGACCUACACCUGCGUUGCUACCAACAAAACUGGGCAGAAUUCCUUUAGCUUGGAGCUCACUGUAGUAGCCAAAGAAGUGAAGAGGGCACCUGUAAUCCUGGAGAAACUGCAGAACAGUGGUGUUCCAGAAGGCCACCCCGUGAGACUGGAGUGCCGGGUGAUAGGCAUGCCUCCGCCCGUGUUCUACUGGAAGAAAGACAAUGAGACCAUCCCUUUCACCAGAGAGAGGAUCAGCAUGCACCAGGACACAACUGGGUAUGUCUGCCUCCUCAUUCAGCCAGCCAAGAAAUCAGAUGCUGGAUGGUACACGCUGUCAGCCAAGAAUGAAGCCGGCAUCGUGUCCUGCACCGCCAGGCUGGAUAUAUACGCUCAGUGGCAUCACCAGAUCCCACCACCCAUGACCGUCCGGCCCAGUGGCAGUCGCUAUGGAUCCCUCACCAGUAAAGGACUUGACAUUUUCUCUGCUUUCUCCUCCAUGGAAAGCACGAUGGUGUAUUCCUGCUCUUCUCAGAGUGUAGUGGAGAGUGAUGAACUUUAAGAAUGUCUGGGUGCCUGCUGUGUAAGGGGGCAGACUGUGGAGGGGGAAGGAGGACAAACCAGAUAAGGUGGUUUCCAAGCAACUGGAUUUGAGUAAGUUUCCAUGCUGCCGGACCUGUGGCAAGGAGAGCUUUGAGUAAGUCAGCUGGGGACUCCUGCAGUCUCAGCUCUGGGAGAGAUGGAGGGCUGUACCUUUUAAGAUUCCAACAAAAUGAGAAGAUAAUAUGGAUGAACCAAAGAUAUAAUGCACCUGCUGUCCACUGCUUUGGGAAAAAGUUAGCAUACUCCUCUGCCCUCUGCUGUAUUAGGGGUGUUCAAGGCCCUCCUAAGAGCAAUGAGGGGCCAGAUGCUUGGGCUGAAAGGAGUUAGACAGUAGUGACCUUAGGUAUCUUAACUCACCAAACAAUACAAAGGGAAAAGGCAAGGGGGUUGGGGGGAGGUGGUGUCCAUCACCUUUCACUGAUUGCAUUCAUAGCAGAAGUUUUGGAUUCAUUAAAUCAGCUUCUACCUGGCACUAGGAGACUGUGCUAUACAACUCACAUACAUAGAGAAGCACUUUUGAUGUGCUUAUCCUGGGUGUAUUGAGCCACAUGAUAAAGUGCCAAAAUGUGCCUGAGAUACCAAAAAAAAUCACUGAAUGCUCAAUAUUGCACAGUGCACUUAUUCUAUAGCCAAAAUAGGGACUCACCAGCCUGCCUGCACCAUUUUCUUUUGAAUAUGAUGGUGAGUGGUUUUUCUCUCUGAAUAUAUAUAUAGAUUCUAUAACUAAAGUGUUGUUAAUAAACCAACCAGAAGGAAAUCUUCUGUGGGGUCACUUUCAAAACUACUAGCUUCAGUUGCCGCUUGCAGAACUAUGCAGGCAUCAUCAUCAUCUGCCCAUAGAAUGACGACUCUCCUGUUUCUCCCCUCGCCCCCAAAGUCUGCACAUCUAUGAAGCAAUGAGAAAGGAAAAAAUGCAAACAAGGAGAGGAAGUGAUGAGAGAAUGGUUUUUGUUGUUUCAUUUACCCGAGCAAAGCAGUGGUUGUGGAAGGAGAGGUCUUUAAUAGUUGUGAACUGCUUUGAAAUCAUUAGUCAAAUUGCAUUUUCUAUUCAGAAAAUACUAUGCUAACUGAAGAAGUGGGAGGGAAAAGGAAUGUGCCUCUUUAUUCUAACUCACUAAUUCAGAAUUUGCCUCUCCACCUAAGGAAUUUUUAGACUUACAUUCACUGUGAUAGCCCAGUGCCUAGAAGAUUGCUUAGCACAAAAUAGACCUUUGAUAAAUAUUCGUUGGAUGAAUGAGUUUUACAUUAGAGAAAUGUACAAUGCAUGAACCAGUCAAAACAUUGCCCUAGGGAUGGUCGUCAUGGCACAGUCUGCUCCAGAUUCAUUAGGAAAACGAACUGGAGUAUCUGUUACCAACUCCCUGUGCCCAAGUCUUUGGUGUUCUCUGAGCCAGACACCCUCAGCUGGCAUCUUACUCAAGUGAACAAAUAGUAAUUGCUUAGAAAGGCUUGAAAUUUCCUUCACUUUAAGGCAAAGAUUUCCAGUAUAAAAAUAAAUUCAUUCACU